AUGUUUUCGGGGUUAAUUCAGCGACUAUAUUAUUUCCGAUUCUUGAGAAUUAAUACUACCCGAUACCAGAAUUUAGCAACAGGAGAAACAAGGAUCGUGCCUGUUUCCAUGCUUCCUGAUGAUUAUACUUUUGCAAAUGCUAGUGAUGCCAAUGUAUCUCGAUAUCGUAAUAAAGUCAUAAGUCGUGCAUUGGAAGUUUAUCUUAAUGAUGUUAGAAAGCAGAAUAAAAUCAUGGCCCGAGAAAAGGCAGAAUUCGAGCUUGGGAAACGAUAUUUGGCCAAUAUGUUGGGACUGGAACCGAAUAACAUUACUCAGGAUGAUAUUGACAAGGCGCUGGAGUAUCUUUUUCCAUCUGGUCUAACAAACAAAUUAGCUUUACCGGUAAUGAAACCACCCGAAGAAAUUUUACCAAUGUUGCAUCAAAUUGCAUUUGAUGACGAAGGCCGCCCAAAAGAUUUACUAUUUUUCACACUUGCGCCGAAAUUUUAUCGACUUCUCUCGGUUGUUGGUGCGAAGACAGAAGCAUUGUUAGGCUAUCAGCAGAAACAAGAAGAUGAUUCGAAAACGCAUAAAAUGGAAUUGUUGGGCACGGAAUGGAUCAGUCAACAAAUGCUUUGUAGUAAAAUGAAAGAGAAAAUUACGGAUGAAAUGUAUGCACAUCUGAUUAUUUCAUUGGAUUACAUGGUUUCGCUUCCUGGUGCUCAUAAGGAAUGGGACUUCAUUUUCGAAUACAGAAAGUCUGUGGCUGUUGGAGCUAAAGACGUUAUUUUUGGUGCAAAAGUACCACCAAUUCAGUUAGUAGAAGGUACUAAUCAACGAAUGGCGAAAGUAGAAGUUCGUUUGAAAGCAUCGUUUGCUGAAGUUGAAGUACGAGAUAAAGGAAGUGGAGAAUAUACCGUAGACGGAUAUAGCCUUGAUGUAUUUCGUUCUUUACAAGCUAGGGAAAUAUUCCUAGCACCGCUGAUAGUGACGGAUUUACUGGGAAAGCUGGACAUCACAGGUAAAAUUACGGAUGGUCCAGGUGGUACCUCUGUCAUACCGAGGAUCAUACGAUAUGGCACUUCCUUAUGUAUUGCUGCUCUAUUUCCCGAGCAUUUCGACAAGCUUCGUCUUGCUGGUCUACUGACAUCUGAUCCAAGAAGACGUGAACGGUACAAGAUCAAUCAAAAAGGCGCUCGAGCGAAAUGGAUUUGGUAUCUUUCUAUUUUUGUAGCUUUAUCAUCACAUUCUCUUUGCAUAUGUUUGUACUUAUCCGCCAAAACGGACAUGGCUUUCAAUGCAUAA